AUGAAGUACGGCGACACUCUCAGACAGAGGUCCAUACCAGAAUGGGGCCAUUGUGAGUACCACGCCCGCACGCUACCGCGCGACACGGAGAGCGUUCCGCUGACAGACGCGCCUACAGAUAAUAUCGACUACGACUAUCUCAAAGACCUUAUCAAGCACCAGACGACGCCCGGCACGAACAAGGCCGUAUCCAUCCCAGGCCAGGGCGAGAGCACCGAGCGCGCAUUCGGCGACACCUUCUUCAAUGUUUUGGCACAACAACAUGACCGCAUCAAUCUCUUCGUGCGCAGCAAGAGCGGCGAGAUCGAACGGAGGCUGGAGCAUAUCAGCAAGACGCUAGACCAGCUGCGCGCGCGACGCAAUCCGGCGAGUGGGCGUCUCCCCGCGCGGAUCGUGGAGAGAUAUGCGAAGAUAGACGCAGACGUCGCAAGGACCGGCGAGGAGAUCAGGUCGCUCUCCCGCUUCCAAGUCACGCAACGGACGGGCUUCAUCAAGAUCCUCAAGAAGUACAAGCGCUGGACAAAGGACAGGGAACUCAGUCAUGUGUUUAAGCAGGAGAUCAGUAGCCGGCCGGAUAGCCUGUUCCAGCUGGAUCUGGGCUAUCUCCUGGACCAAUACAUCGAUGUGCUCGACGCGCUCCGCUCCGCUUUUGAUGCCGAUGGCACGUCUACGUCGCAUGCCGAGAACACCAACGGCCAGUCGUCCGCGGCACACAUAUCUAGAAGCAUUGAGAAGGGCGGGGAUCUCGACUUUGACUUGGUGAUGAACACGGUGCCUCUGGGGUCCAAGGGCAACAAGGCAACGUAUUGGAUACAUCCAGACCAUAUCGUCGAGGCACAGGUCCUGUUGCUCCAACAUACCCGCUUGUACGUCAGCAAGGCCAGACGGCACGCAUCGGGCAAAGGAACGCCUCUCCGCCGCCAUUCCUCCACAACCAACCUCGACCCGUACCUUGGCAGCGAAGACACCACUGGGGUAGUUGUCUUGGACCAUCCCGAAGCUUUCGCGUUCAAGCAAAACGCAAGUACGAUUGGAGCGACGGAAGAACUACAGGGAAGCAUCGGCAUAAAGGCCGCUGGUCAAGUGCGGUGUUGCGCAUCUGGCGAAGCCGCGGUUGUUGUAUGCACAGAGGCGGAUGCGCAGGGGCAGUCACCGGUAGCCGUCAAGACAGCCAAGAUGGAGCGCAAGCGUCUGCAAAGCUUUCUCGACACUUCCGUAAAGGAGGACAACAUGAAGCAUUCUGAGAACGGAUCGGCCAAAGACGAUGCACCGGCGGUUCGACAGUGGCUUGCUGAGCACCAAUCUACCAAGCCUAUCGCUGGUGCGGUUUCCAAACGCACACGAUUCACUGGACUCCACAACAACUCAACGGGAGGCAUAUGGGCGACACUGGAUAAAGACAUCUGUCUGAAAGAUACACUGUACAAAGAUUUAGCAGAUGACGACUGGACUUCAGCUGCUCGAGCAGAAUCAGCAAAGAAGUUCCCUCAUGCUGUUCUAGAGAUUCGGCGUGAAGGCAACCAAGCAAUGGCGCUCAUCCAGACCCUUGACCGCAGUCAUUUGGUUGAACGCGUUCGAGGUUUCUCAUUAGAAGCACAUGCUGUCUGGACUUGCUGCAAACCCAGCGCCAUGUCCGCCCCCUUCUGGAUCUCCCUCCUCGAGAAGGAUAUCCGGAAACUGCCAGAGCCGGUGAAGAAGCGGAGUCGCAGAGGCCGGGAGAGCGCAACUGGCUCACAAGUUGGACUAUCGCCUCCAGCAACUUCGACAUCCAACACCUCAUACGAUGGACAAUCCAGCCCACUGGCUUCUCGUUAUGAGGAGUCCUCUGCGACUUCAGUGCACGAGUUUGUCGAUCCGCCACCACUACAAGCUUUCCGGAAGAAGAGCCGGAAGCCCUACUCUGACUAUCCUCCACCAAUGAGCCGGACCGAGCCAGAGCCGGAAGUGCAGCAGAGAUACUGGAACGAGUACGACCACCCCGAAGACGAGGAGACUGGCUACUACAUCUACGUCGACCCUGACGCGCCCAUCAAAUACCCCGGCCAAGAUUUCGUCGAAGCACUAGCAAGAAAGACAAAGAAGCUCUUUGGCAGGAACGACAAGGCUGAUGAGGCAUCACUCUCCGCUGCCGAAGACUCAGAUGACGAUACGAUCGACUCAUCCCCCAUACUACACGCCGCAAACUACGGAACAACAGACACCCACGGGCAGUCAUCGAACCGCGAUGGCUACUUCAGCACACUCUUCCGCUCCCUCCGCGACCCACGCCACGAUGCCGACCUCUUCAAUGAGCGUCGCGCACUGCUCGGCCAGGUCGAAACGCAUCAACACAAGAUUGAAAUGACUAAACUGCGCUUCUACUCUACCGCACUGGGUGCAGCCGUUGUCAUGGACCUCAUCUUGGGUCUCAUGACGAUGACGAGUCGCAAGAAGGAAAGGGGCGUUGUUGAUGCGGCUGUCCUGUUAGGCACUAUUAGUACACUGGUGCUCUGCGUUGUCGCUGUUAUCAGCAUGCGGACAAGGCAGGAGCGUCUGGGUGCGGUGCAUCAGGGUGCUGUGCUGAGUAUUGCUGCUGCGGUUGUGGCGUUGGAUGUUUUAUUGUUGUUGUGGGUGUUGAGGAUAUGA